GGGCGGCGGUGUGUGGGAGCCGGAGCCCCGGGGACGCGGCGGGGACGCUGCGGCCCGCUGAGCGCGGACUGUCCCUCGGGAUGCCGCGGGAACCGAGUGCGCUGUGCGCGCUGCCGAAGUGAUGGAGCGGAGCGGAGCGCCGGUGCUGCUGCUGCUGCUGCUCGAGUGGAGCUGCGCUCGCUGCGCCGUCGUCGCCUGUGCCGCUGCCUGCAGUGGCAAGGUGGAGCUUCACACAGAGAGGAGAGGUGUGAUCUAUAGUCCCUCUUGGCCCCUGAACUACCCCCCUGGGCUCAACUGCAGCUGGAAUAUCCAGGGCGAGAAAGGCGAUGUCAUUACUAUCAGCUUCCGCAACUUUGACCUGGAGGAGUCCGGGAAGUGCUCGGGGGAUCGGCUGCUGCUGGGCCCCACAUGGAGGGACGAGUACCGAGUGUGCGGUGCCCUGCUGCCCCCGCCGUUCAUCUCCACCCACGGACGCGUGUGGCUCCACUUCCACUCCAGGGCAAACAGCUCAGGCCAGGCGCAGGGCUUCCGCCUCUCCUACAUCCGGGGCAAGCUGGGCCAGAGCAGCUGCCAGGGUGAUGAGUUCCUCUGCGGGAACGGCAAGUGUCUCCCUCGCGCCUGGAGGUGUAACGGUCUGGACGAGUGCGACGACGGGACGGACGAGAGGAGUUGCGCACCCCCGCCGACCGAGUCCCGACCCGGCCAGUGCCCCCCUGCCACGUUCCCUUGCGCGCAAGGCCAGUCCGUCCGCUGCCUGACGGAGACGCUGCGCUGCGACGGGGGCCGCGAUUGCGCCGACGGCUCCGACGAGGCCAACUGUCCCGACACCUCUUGCGGGAAGCGCUUGAGCAACUUUUACGGCUCCUUCGCGUCGCCGGACUUCUUCCGGCCGGCCCGUAGCGCGGAGGAGCUGCGCUGCUCCUGGAUGGUGGACACGCGGGACCCCAAGCGCAUCGUGCUCCAGCUGGACCUCUGGCUGGGCUCCGGCGACGCGGUGCACGUGUACGACGGGUUAGGGGAGCGCGCCGACCGCCUCCUGCGAACGCUCUCCUCCGGCGACAACCGACGGCCCGCGGUGGUGGAGUCGAGCCGCGGGCAGCUGACGGUUCUGUACCGCGCCGCCCCGCUCAGCGCGGGCCACGGCUUCAACGCCACCUACCAGGUGAAGGGCUACUGCUUCCCCGGCGAGCGACCCUGCGGCGAUGACCAGGGCUGCUUCUCCGAGCGCCAGCGCUGCGACGGCUACUGGCACUGCCCGUCCGGCCGGGACGAGGAGGACUGCCCCCUCUGCCAGGCCGGCGAGUACCCCUGCGAAGGCGCGAGCGGUGCUUGCUACGUGCUCUCCGAACGCUGCAACAACCAGAAGAAGUGCCCCGACGGCUCCGAUGAGAAGAACUGCUUCGACUGCCAGCCCGGCAACUUCCACUGCGGCACCAACUUGUGCAUCUUGGAGACGUGGCGCUGCGACGGGCAGGAGGACUGUCAGGACGGCAGCGACGAGCGCGACUGCCUGGUGGCCGUACCGCGCAAAGUGAUCACGGCGGCGCUCAUCGGCAGCCUCGUGUGCGGUCUGCUCCUCGUCAUAGCGCUGGGCUGCGCCUUCAAGCUCUACUCCUUGCGCACGCGCGAGUACAGAGCAUUUGAAACUCAGAUGACCCGGCUGGAAGCAGAAUUUGUGAGGAGAGAAGCACCGCCCUCAUAUGGUCAGCUGAUUGCCCAAGGCCUCAUUCCCCCAGUGGAGGAUUUCCCUGUCUACAACCCUUCUCAGGCCUCCAUGCUCCAGAACAUCCGCACAGCCAUGCGCAGACAGAUCCGGCGCCACUCAUCCCGCCGUGCCUCAUCGCGCCGCCGCCUGGGGCGCCUCUGGAGCCGCCUCUUUCAUCGAGGGACUCGUCUGCGGGGUCAAAUCCCGUUGCUCACACCCCCCGGUGCGGGUCGGCCCCCCCUCAGCACCGGUGGCAGUGCACACAGCUACCAGGCAGUUGGUUCAGGGGGCGGAGCAGCUGUUGCUGCGAGCUGGGCCCUGCCUGCUUGUUCCUCAGUGGGCCUGGCCCUGCAGGGGGAAGCCGGAACCGUGUACCAUCCCCCUACGGACUCGCCGUCUUCACCUCUGUCUCCACUCAGCCCCUCCUCGCCACCAUCCGCUUCAGACACUGUGGAAGAGGAGCUGUGCGCAAACUCUCCCAGACUUCCAGAACAAACUGGGAUCUGCAGUAGCCACCCUAACCCCAGAAUCCUCCACGUGGGGCAGGUGGACAUGGAGGGUUCUAGUAGAUAUCAUGAGCCCGGAAACAUGCCCGGCAGCUCGGCGUGUUCCCUGAGCCGCAGGGCGUCUCGCAAGUUGGUGCAGGGCUGGGCGGCUAACUUGCGCGGCGUAGCGGUGAGACGGUACUCUCCCCUGGGUACCCCACCCAGCACGGACUCCUCUGGUCCACCUGCUCACGGCGAGGGACACGUUCAGGGCGCCUCAGGGAUCCAGAAGGACGAUCAGACGUGCCAGUCUCAGGUGGUGGGACAAGCAGCAUCAGGACCCAGUGCAGGCAGGGCCUCCCCGAGCAGCGAUGAAGAUGAUGAGUCCCUCCUCCUUUGCUGAGCUUAGACAUCGAACCUCACACCGUCCUCAGUUCUUCACUUUAAGUUUCUAACCUUUACACUCACCUUCCCGCAGACUUGAAUCGACUUUAAUGCUGGUUUUGCGAAUCCAGUUACCUCGGGAAUGAUAUGGAUAUGGAGACGGUAUGUUGAACACUUGGCUCUACCAGAUUCUCUUGUCUCUCCUACUGUUCCUAUCACUCUCCUUCUUGACCCUCCAUAAUUUCACUGUCAUAUUAGUUUUGUGGGAAGGGUUGAUGGGCGUUGACAUGAAGUUAUUGGUCAUCAAGUCUCGUCACGCUCCUACAUUUGUACUCUUACAAACAGAAGUACUACUUCUACCUACUACGUUCACUGUUUUUUUUUUUGAGUUGAAGAGAGUAAAAAUGGGUACUGUAUACAUGAUACGGCAUCUGCGAUUUCACAACAACACAUUUCGGUCAUUUCCUUUGUCACUUGCUUUGCCAACACGCCACAUUUCUGUUCUCCCAACACUGCGUUAAAGGAAUGAAUCUGUUUGGCAAAAGGGACUGAUCUCACUUGGAAUUAAGGGAAUGGCAUUUGUUUAAUCCAGCCCACUACAUUUUGACUUUGGCUGGCUAAAUCUGUGUGCGUCUUAGUCGUGGUGUUUCAUGGUAGAGUAUGUUUUAGAGUAAAGGUUUGUGCCUUUUAAAGGAACAAACAUCUCAGGGAUUAGUACUGAGAGAAGAAAGCGAAUGAGGGAACCUCAUCGGAAGCUACAACUGGCUGAUGUCUUGGCUGGAAGCCGUUUUCAAGGUUACUGGUGAAAGCCCAGUCUAAUUGUAAUAUUUCGGCCUUGCUGGGGGAAUCAGUAGGACCUCCAGGUGGAGUGAUGCCGGGAACAUAAUGGUACAUCAUUAUGUCAUUGUGUAAAAGAAGAGCAUUUACGUUUUCACUCCUCCAUUUACUUUUUAGGUAAUUUUACUGGACCGUUGUGAAAUUCGUGUUUUUCCCCCAUUGAAGAGGCUUUAUAUUAUGUGCUGUCACCUUGUUGCCUCUUAUCAAACAUCGUUCAAAUGUAUGAGGGAAACGCAGAAGUCUCAAGCUCUUAUAAAUCAACAUUUGUGACCGUGUGUAUGUGACUGUACUUGUGUAUUUUUUUGUGCUUUUCACUGGAUCCCUUAUUUGUGUGAAAGAAGCAAUAAUUCCCUGCUUUCUUAGUGUAAAGGAAGUGUGCCGCCUCCUUGCCAGUCCAUCCACUGCUUCCUGAGAUGGGCUCAUGUUGUUCAUUUUAAAGCCUUCCCUAGAUGCUCCUCACAACUGAUGGCCCUUUAGCGCAUGCAGGCAGGUUCUUCAUGUGAUUGACUUGGAGGAUCAUCUUGAGAUGCACACAUGGCAGGCAGAGCAGCCAGAAAGUGAAGUUCUGAAUUGUGGGGAUACGUAAGAAUUUUACUUAUUUUGAAUGGAGAAAAAUAUGUCUUUGAGUGUGGAAAUUCAGUAGUGAUUGUUUUUCAGUAGGUCUGGUUGAAUGCUGUGUAGAUUCACUGGUUCUGAGCAGGGUAUUACUGAAUGCAGUUUUUCAUUCUUAUUAUUUUACAUUUUUGCAUGUUUAAAGGAUUCCUCAAGUCAUAUUCAUUACAUGGUGCCUCACAGUAAUAGUCACAUAAAUAUGUAAUAGAAAGUACUAAUCUUAGUAUUGCAUGAGUGUCAUGCAAGACUUGAAAUAACCUCAUGGGAAAUAUGCCCCAUAAAUUUAGAGCAGAACUCCAUUUGUCGGAAUAUUAAUCUCAAUAUAUCAACAAUGCACAAAGUAUUCAGAAAGUUUUGGAAAAAUACUCAAAUGUAUGAAUUUUUCCCACACAGCUCCAGCUGAUACUUUUUUCCAUUUUUUCCGUUAGUGAUGUCAGCCCAAUCUCUCUUGAUAAAGUUAAUGCCGGCUGGAGGUUGGGUAAUUCAAGGAAAUUCAGUUUUUAUUCUUGAGUCAAAUCAGAGUUGCUGUAAAUUGGAUGUUUGUCUUUUGUGAAUUAUCAAUCCUUCUGCUGGUAAGCAUCCCCACAUCAUGAUGCUGCCACCGCCAUACGUCAGCAAACAUGUUUUUUGAGUUAUGAGCAGUGUUUAGAGCCUUCCUCUGCCUUCAAUUUGUUUUAAUUUUCUUACCUUUCAUUCACAUUCACUGACAAGACUAGUGAUCCUUGAGUUUCAGGGCAUAAGGGAGUUUUAUUUGCUUUAGCCCAAUUUUUUUCACUCAUUUAAACUAGACCUAGCAGAGCAAUGUGUACUAAUGGAAUUAGGAACUAUCUGUUGUCAUUUUAAUGACUUGUUCAGUUUUUCCAGCUGUGUUUUGGGUGUAGUGGGUUAGUUAUAUUGACAUAACAAAUGUGUAUUCCUAUUUGAAAGAGAGAAAUCUUAAGCAAUGAAACACAAAAAGCAUCUGAAUACUUUUGCAAGUAAUUGUAGUGAAGUGUUACAUUUAAUCAGUUAUAACUCUUAAAAAGAUGUGACAGUGUUUUCAUUCCAGAUAUUAAAUCUGCACAUUUUUGGUCACAGCAGAUGCAGUUUGCUGUAAAAAACAGCCAUUGCUUAAGGUCAUAUUCCACUAAGUUUCUGUCCUUGGUUUCCAGGCAACAUUCCCACAGUCCGUUUGUUCAUCAGUACAACUCUUUUGCUUUCUCCGUUCUUUAUGAGGGUGAUGUCAAAUAUAGUUUGUUGAAAUUCCCCUUGUGUAAUUUAAUUAUGAUUUUUUAUUUAAUUUUUUUUUUGACAUUUUUGCUUUAUUUACCCAGCCAGAAUAUAAAUGCCCUUUCCACUUCAGAUGACGAAAGUGCACUUUCUUCUGAUUUAUAAGUUCUGAAACUGUGGAAAUGUGUGAUUUCACAUUGGAAACUUCAAAAUCAGAGCUGUUCAGAAACGUGGUUCAUGUUGUGUGGUUUGGCAGUUAAAUGCCAUGUGCUUGGAAGAGUAAACUGUGCUUUUGAUUUUCAUUAACAUAUUUAAACAAAAUUUGUUGAACCAUGAUGUGUGUAACAUUAUCAGUCCUCUUGUUUGUAGCAGCAGGAUCAUUUGCUCCGUUUUCAGAUAGUCUUGUUUGCCAAGCACUACUUUGUAAUCCUCUGUUAUUGCACACAGCAAUGUUCAAUGUUCAUAUGUCGUGGUUUAGUUUUGUUGGCUCAUUUGUGAACAAAAAUCCACACGUUACAUCUUUAUUUUAGAGAUGUAACGUAACACAUGUAUCAUAUAACAUGAAAACUGGAAACAAACGUGAGGACUCUUGAAUGUGUUUGAAUUUAAUGUCUGCGUAAGAGAUUGUCCAGGUGUCAUGAGGAGCAAUGCCCCCUGUUGCUACAUCACCACUGCUGCUAGCGUCCACAGUACAUCCCUCUGAGUGUGAACUCCCAACGUUACACACACACACACAGAGCCAUGUGAUUUCUCGUAUAACUUCUGAUGAAUGAUUAACAGCACAUUUUUUGCUUUCUGAUAAAAGUAUAAAUGGGUGUGUUUGAGUAAAGAGGGGGUGCAGUGGCGCAGUGGGUUGGACUGGGUCCUGCUCUCUGGUGGGUCUGGGGUUCAAGUCCCACUUGGGGUGCCUUGCA